AUGGACGAGACCAGUGUUACCUUACGCAUUAUUCAUCCCAAUGGAACAGUCAGUGAAAUAAACAAAGACUUGGGAUUCAAGAAUUUAAAUGACGCAUUACUAAAAGUCUUAGUGUUGUUGAUGUAUUACCUAGACCCUAUAAGUAUAUUCGCGCUUCAAAAGGUCUUAUUACUUGUUAGAUACUUUAAUGCAAUUAAUACUUAUGAAGAAUGUGGACGUAUUAUUGAUUGGAAUGGCAAUUUAUAUAAUACCCAACAAGAACAGCACGUUGAUCCAGAAAAAGAGUUUAUAAGGAUAAUUGGGACGAAUGUAACUUAUGUCGAAGGUGAUACAUUCAAUCUUAAAAAGUUAUCGGAAGGAAAUAUUACACUUCUCAAGAGUGGAACUUCUGCAUUAUUUAAUAUCAUAGCUACUAUUGACGAAGGUUAUAUUUGCAGCUCCACUAAUUCCGAUAGGCAAGUUUGUACACUCAACGUCACACUUAACAAUGUUACAUUACCCAAAUUACCCGAAUUACACUCAAAUUUUACUAAGGAUGAUCAUUUUCUUGCCACUAAUACUCCUAAUACUCAGGAAAUUUGGAUAAUGAUAUGGGCAAUAUCACAAUCACUUAACAACGUUACUCGACAAUUUGUUAAUGGCAACAAUAAUGAAUCCAAAGAAACAAUUGCAGUUGAUUUUUCUUUCGAUCUAAUAACUGAAUUAUCUAAAAUUCUUUCUAUUGAUUCUAAACGACUAACUUUAAGGGAAAAACCAAGUAAUAUGAUCGAAUAUAAAAGUAUGUCAUCCAUUAGUUUAUUCCAUACCACAAAGUAUUUAGAGGAAGAUUUUGGAUUCAAACAAAAACGUGCUGACAUUGAAGAAUUAAGUAUUCUCUAUUCAAAUAUGGCCGGGUUUGAAUUUUCAAUGCUCCAUUUUCAAAUAAAGGAAAAAGUAGAAUCUUUUGGGGUUCUUGGGACAAGGACACAGAAACCAGAAGAAUUUGAAGAAUUUGGAGGUCCUCAACCACCUCAUAAUCGAGAUAUUUUUGGAGGUCUUCAACCACUUCAGAUAUCAGCUACUGAAAGAAAUCUCAUUUAA